AUGGGGCGAGCUGUCCGUAAGAUAGCCAAUGCUGUCUGUAAGAUAGUCAAUGCUGUCCGUAAGAUAGCCAAUGCUGUCCAUAAGAUAGCCAAUGCUGUCUGUAAGAUAGCCAAUGCUGUCUGUAAGAUAGUCAAUGCUGUCCGUAAGAUAGCCAAUGCUGUCUGUAAGAUAGUCAAUGCUGUCCGUAAGAUAGCCAAUGCUGUCCGUAAGAUAGUCAAUGCUGUCCGUAAGAUAGUCAAUGCUGUCCGUAAGAUAGUCAAUGCUGUCCGUAAGAUAGCCAAUGCUGUCCGUAAGAUAGCCAAUGCUGUCCGUAAGAUAGCCAAUGCUGUCCGUAAGAUAGCCAAUGCUGUCCGUAAGAUAGCCAAUGCUGUCCGUAAGAUAGCCAAUGCUGUCCGUAAGAUAGCCAAUGCUGUCCGUAAGAUAGCCAAUGCUGUCCGUAAGAUAGCCAAUGCUGUCCGUAAGAUAGCCAAUGCUGUCCGUAAGAUAGCCAAUGCUGUCCGUAAGAUAGCCAAUGCUGUCCGUAAGAUAGCCAAUGCUGUCCGUAAGAUAGCCAAUGCUGUCCGUAAGAUAGCCAAUGCUGUCCGUAAGAUAGCCAAUGCUGUCCGUAAGAUAGCCAAUGCUGUCCGUAAGAUAGCCAAUGCUGUCCGUAAGAUAGCCAAUGCUGUCCGUAAGAUAGCCAAUGCUGUCCGUAAGAUAGCCAAUGCUGUCCGUAAGAUAGCCAAUGCUGUCUGUAAGAUAGUCAAUGCUGUCCGUAAGAUAGCCAAUGCUGUCCGUAAGAUAGCCAAUGCUGUCCGUAAGAUAGCCAAUGCUGUCUGUAAGAUAGCCAAUGCUGUCCGUAAGAUAGCCAAUGCUGUCCGUAAGAUAGUCAAUGCUGUCCGUAAGAUAGUCAAUGCUGUCCGUAAGAUAGCCAAUGCUGUCUGUAAGAUAGCCAAUGCUGUCCGUAAGAUAGUCAAUGCUGUCCGUAAGAUAGCCAAUGCUGUCCGUAAGAUAGCCAAUGCUGUCUGUAAGAUAGCCAAUGCUGUCCGUAAGAUAGCCAAUGCUGUCCGUAAGAUAGCCAAUGCUGUCCGUAAGAUAGCCAAUGCUGUCCGUAAGAUAGUCAAUGCAGUCAAUGCUGUCCGUAAGAUAGUCAAUGCUGUCCAUAAGAUAGCCAAUGCUGUCCGUAAGAUAGCCAAUGCUGUCUGUAAGAUAGCCAAUGCUGUCCGUAAGAUAGCCAAUGCUCUCUGCAAGACAGCCAAUGCUCGACGUUUGGAAUUAUUGUCCCAGAAACAAGAAUACUACCCUAAAUGUUGA